AUGUCUGAUGAAUGUGAAUUAUCUGAGGAGGAGAAAGCAAAUGUCAUCUGCAGCUUGCUUCAACAGGCUCCCCCAGGCGAAUACAGGAAUGUUUUUGAAGACCUCCGCAUUUUGGCUCAUGAUGAUCAUCUCAUGAGGUACGAAGCUGCUCAGGUGUGUGCCAAUCACACCAGGAAAAACUUCACAGCUGUGCGUGUAAAAGGGGAGAAUGCUCUCGUGACUCGCUACAACGAUCUUGGAGGAAACCGCUUCUUUGAUCCACAGAUCAAACUUUCCUUCAGGUUUGAUCACCUGACCAAAAGAGUUGAUAAAGUUUUGCUUUAUCACAGCGUCAGGAAAGAUCGUGCAGAGCUAUGGAGAGAAACACUCAAUAUCACUUUGGAGUCAUACAUGAGGAGACACUUCCUUUCAGGAGACUGCCGUGUCUACAAAAAAAUGAUUGGAAGCAACCCCUUCUUCGUUGUCUGCGUUGAAGGCCAUCGGCACGACGAUAUCUGCAAUGCCGUUUGGAAAUCUGAGUGGACUAUCGCUUUUGCGCCGCCAACAGCACAGGUCACAGGGAAAAUUGAUCUGCAGGCACACUAUUUCAAGAAAGCUAACCUCCACUGGACAGCAAGCAAAGAUGUUAGAGAGUCCAUAUACAUAACUGGCCGCGUCCAGUUUGCUAUAGAGUUUGUGAAAUUAGUUGAAGCCGAAGAGAGCAAAUUCCAAACUGAUUUGGUGGAAAGGCUCCAGAAGUUGUCAGAUAAAAUAUGGAGAGCACUGCGCAGACCGCUCCCAGUCACUCGAACUGUCAUCAACUGGGAUAAACUGCUGACUAGUUAG